AAACCCAGAGGAGGUGACAGUAAUUUCAGAGCCUUCUUCUUCUCCUAACCAUUUCCCUCUUGCUCCUCUCAUCCCAUCUUAAGCUGCAUUGGAUAUACAUUUCCUAGGCUCCGCCGAGUUCACACUUUCCAUAUCGAUGGCGAUUUCUGGGUCUGAACCUUUUGCCAUUGCUUUGAAAUCAAGUGCACUCCUGGAUUCUGUUGACUCCCUCUGAGCUUUCCUUCAAGAUGGCCACAAAUGAUCGCCGUUUUGUAGAAUGGAAGGAGCAGUUUAUUUCGCAGGAGCGUGGCAAUCGUGUUGUCCACUAUUACCUGAAGGAUUCUGCUGGGGAUUCCACACUUGCAGUUGUGGGCACUGAGAGGAGCCUGAGACACAUGUUCUAUGUUGUUGCUGAGGAGUUUCUAGAAGUUUGCGGGAAGGAGGGUACCAUCCAUGCUGGUUUCAAAUGGAGGUCGAGAAGAGAGGUUGUGGACUGGUUGACAUCAAUGCUAUCAAAGCAGCAUCAACUGGGGGACAAGAGCGUGUCGCCAAGUCAUAACUUGGCACAAGCUCAUGACACCACAACUAGCAGUCUCAAAGAAUUUAUUGAUCUGCAUGCACAGAUAUCUGAUGACAAGGGCCUUCUGAUGAGCAGCUUCAAAGGACACAAUUCUGACAUUGUUUGGUCAGGAAUUGCCUGGACAUGUGGCAAACAGCUUAAACAUUAUCCUGCUUUUUACAGGAAUGGGAUCAAAAUAGCAAUUCAAUCUUUCGUUUUUGUGAUGGCAACGGGAGAAAAUCAUUAUAUUGCAUAUUUGGAGGACAUGUACGAAGACAGGAGGGGUCAGAAAAAGGUUAAAGUGAGGUGGUUUCACCAUAAUCAAGAAGUCAAGGGUGUAGUUCCAGUGAGAAAUCCUCACCCUCAAGAAGUUUUUAUCACAUCAUAUUCUCAGGUAAUUAGUGCUGAGUGUGUUGAUGGCCCUGCCACAGUCUUAACUCGGGAGCAUUACGAUAAACUCUUGCCUUCUUUUUCUCUUGCCUCAUCAAAUAGAAUCCAUUUGUGCUUUAGGCAAUUCAGAAACAACAAAGUAAAGCCCUUUGACUUGAGUAAAUUGCGAGGCUACCAUGAUCAACCAAUUCUCUCUUGCUUGAACCUUGAUUCCUUCCAAAACCCUUCAUGUAAUAAGCUUGCCGAAGAAGAUGAGGAGCUGAGCCAAGGUGAUGAUGUAAGGCCAGGAGGUAAGGGGAGCAAGAGGAGUAGAGGAUCUUUUCAGCGCUUGAUCGAUCACCAGGGAGUUAGGAAAUUAAGUAGGAGUCAACAAACGAUGGUGUACAAAACCAUUGAGAAUGUAGAUUACACUAGGCCAAAUAGGAGAUUGCUUUCCCAGAAACAGGUUGAUCAUCAGCCCUGGUAUAACUCCAAAUACAAGGUUGAUGACAAGAUAGAGUUACUCUGUCAAGACAGUGGCAUCAGAGGCUGCUGGUUCAGGUGUACAGUUGUGCACGUAUCCCAGAAACAGAUAAAAGUCCAGUACGAUGAUGUGCAGGAUGAAGAUGGAGGCGGCAAUCUUGAGGAAUGGAUCCCUGCUUUCAAACUUGCCAUGCCUGAUAAACUUGGGAUGAGACAUUCAGGCCGGCCCACCAUCAGGCCGGCCCCAACUGAUGAGGCGCAACAAGAACUGGCUGUUGAGACUGGGACUGCAGUAGAUGCAUGGUGGAGUGAUGGUUGGUGGGAGGGGGUUGUAAGUGGAAUUGAUAACUUUGAUGAUGAUAAUGUACAAGUUUACUUUCCCGGUGAAGGUCUGUUAAGGACAGUGUGCAAGAAGGAUCUAAGAGUGUCAAGAGAUUGGCUGGGGGAUCGAUGGGUUGAUAUUGAGCCAAAGCCUAAUGUAGCCUCUACCAUAUCUGCUGUCAACAGCUCAAGCACAAAGUUUUCGGUGCCCCCAUCUACCACUAAAGAUGUUGACUCUUCUGGGGUUGUUAUUUCAUGUCAAGAUGUUCCUGGUAUCGAGAAGUCUAAUGAACUAAAUGAUGCUGCUGAAGACGCGAAUCGGGCUAUUGAUAACAAGCCCCCUUCACAAGAAGAGACAAGUGUUGAAGUUGUUGAGACUGAGCAACAUGGAAGUUGCGAUAACGAAGAUAACCAUGAUGAUGACAAAGACAAUAAGGAAGAGAAUGAUGGCGAUGAUAAUGAUGCGAGGGAUAUGGAGGUGCUUGGGACUUCUGGAGAGGACUCCAAAGUCAUGGAACCCAUGGAAGUGGCUGUUUAAACAUUCUUUCUGGAGAGUUCAUGCAGAAACUUGUGAUGGUGCUGACAUCUCGGAGCGUUGCCAUCAAUUCAUGUUUAGGUGUAAUUCUAGUCAAUUAGAAUGUAAAUAGUUACACCGGUAUGUGGACAAUCUGAUUCCUUCUUUUGCUUCUUUAGUUGCCUACAUAGAUGAUGUACAGUGUUGAGAGUAGCCCCUUUUAUUCUCUUUCCAUUUUUCAGAGGGAUUGUAUCGGAAAUUAGAUUUUUCCCCCUUCUUCAUGGAGAACAAAUAUCGGUCAACAAUCACUUGUCAGCCAGAGCUAUACACAUUUGUGGCCAACAAAAUUAAAUAUAUUAGAUGGAUGUAGAACCUUCUUGUUCUUAUUUCUUCAA